CUAGAGAUGUCUGAAGGCUUGAUUAUAUAUAUGCAUAUCCUGUCUCCGUAUGCAAAGACUGUUAUUGCCACAGCUAAUCACCUUGAUAUUCCUCAUACUGAGAGACAUAUUGAUUUGAGGAAAAAUGAACAUAAGAGUGAAUGGUACUUAAAGAUCAACCCAAAUGGGCAAGUACCUGCAAUCAAAGAUGGAGAUCAUACAAUGGCGGAAUCUAUUGAUAUCGCUAAGUACCUCAUUGAGUCCAGAGACAAAGGUACUCCAUUAUACCCUAAUGAUGAUGCCGAAAAGAGGGAAGACAUUGACAGAGCCCUUGAAAUAUCUCAAGAGUUAGGAAAAAGAACCACUGAUGUCUUGCUAAAUGUAUACUGGGGAAGAAUCUUGCGCAAGACUAACCUUACUGUUGAAGAGCGUCAGGGAUUUAUAAAUAAAGUCUAUGAAACAUAUGGAAAGCUAAACACACAUUUAGAAGAGAGAAAUACAAAGUACUUCAACUCAAACUUCCAUCCAAGUUUGGCGGAUUUUCAUAUCAAUAAUCUUAUGAUGUCACUUGUAGAGAAAAACAUCGUUCAGUUGGACAAUUACCCAGCUCUUAAGCAAUGGCUAGAGCUUUCUUCCCAGGUUCCAGCCUUAUCUGAUGUCAUUAGAAGGUCAAAUGCAGCCAUGAAAAAGAUCAGGUUCUUGGUCAGAUUUGUUUUGCCAAUGAUAAGAUGCUUAACUUGAAAAUGAUGCAGGUAAUGAAGAGUCACAAAUAAGGCAGUUUGGCA